AGAGUACAUGGGACAACAAAGAUGGCGUCCAUGCAGAAACGCCUACAGAAGGAGUUGCUGGCCCUACAGAAGGACCCGCCUCCUGGAGUCAGGGUGGAUGAAGCAAGUGUUACCAAAUCUCUCAGCACGUGGCAAGUAGACAUGGACGGAGCACCAGGCACACUGUUUGAAGGAGAAAAGUUUCAGCUGCUUUUUAAGUUUGGUCCAAGAUAUCCCUUUGACUCUCCGCAGGUUGUGUUUACAGGUCCAAACAUCCCGGUCCACCCCCACGUGUACAGUAACGGACACAUCUGUCUGUCCAUCCUGACGGAGGACUGGUCUCCCGCUCUGUCGGUCCAGUCUGUGUGCCUGUCAAUCAUUAGCAUGCUUAGCAGUUGUAAGGAAAAGAAACGACCACCAGACAACAACUUUUAUGUGCGAACAUGUAGCAAAAAUCCUAAGAAGACAAAAUGGUGGUAUCAUGAUGACUCUGUAUGAUGUUGCUUCCUGCCAAGAUCUCCAAGGAGAACUUGUCACCUCAAGUGCAUUACCCAGUGUGCACCUCUCAUCCAAUGCUGCACUAGUAGUUCUGUACCCAGUGUUAAAGAGGGGAAAAAAAAUUAUUUCAAGAAAACUUCAAGAGAUUGCACCUACUUUCUAUCCCACCCUAAACUGAGGAAGUGAUAAUGUCUCAGUUUUUGUACAUGUAUAUAGCUUACUUUAGUUGUAGAUAUGACGUAGGACAACAAAUAAGCUGCUUCACUGUUUAAAGUGAUCAUGUGCAGCAAGAUGCAUUGUGGGUUAUAUGUUUAUGGUGAAAGUCCUUGAUACAUAUGCAAAAUAUAAACAAAUGUAUAGUAUUAUACAUAGUCAAGAAAAGAAUUUACAAGAGUUUACAAGUUGGGGACCUUCACUCAAUCGGCCAUAAUGUAUCUCACUGCACUUGUGCAGCUUAAACCAUGAAAUGACUUAUUUUUACUAUGCUAUUACUGAUCUCGGAUUCAGCCAGGUGUUUUGUUAUUACCACUUAGAUGACUCAUAGCAUUGUUAUGUAUGUGAAAUGUCUUUGAUCUUUUAAAGAGCUAUAGUAGGUUGAUAAGUAAGAAACCAACAGAUCUAUGGGUUUAAUUCACUUUCCUCCCACCACAUUGACAAAAUAGUAUUGAAGAAUGCUGUUG